AUGGACGACGACUGGAAUGAUUGCACCAGCGACUGGAGCGAAUUGCGCGAGUGCGUGAUGAUCGACAAGGCUAAUUUGGUGCAUCGUUACUCCAACGCUAUUAUGUCCAUCAACGCCGUUGCCACCGUUCUAUAUUUCAUCGGUAGCCAAAUGCGGCAUCGCAUGGUUUCCAGCAACGGGCAGAAUCGUGAGAUUCCGGUGCAAGUACAGCUGCCGUUCGAGAUCCAAGAAUCCCCCACUUUCGAGCUCGUGCUGGUGGGACUGUUCUUUCACGUGUUGGAAACGGCGACUGUGGUCGCGAUGUUGAACGCAUUGAUUUUGACGUUGGUACUUCACGUGAAUGGGCAAAUCGAUAUCAUGUGUGAAGAGUUGAAAACCAUCUCUUCCACGUGCAAAUCCAAUCCGUCGUCCACGAAAUCGCUCGUCAGACUACACCAGAAGAUCAUAUCGCUGUCGAAUAAUAUCGAGAACUUAUUUUCGUUCUUCGCGCUCUUGCAAUUCAUAUGGAACACCUUAGUUAUCUGCUCUAUUGGAUUCAUGGUCGUGAUAUCCUUAGAUACGAACACGGAGAGUAAAUCCGGAGUAAUGAUACAAUUUAUUAUUCCGUAUCUCGCAGUAACUAUAGAAGCGUUUGUUUUUUGUUUCGCCGGCGAUUACCUGAGCACUAAGAGCAGGUCCAUCGGCGACGCUGCAUACGAAGCAGUUUGGUAUGAUUUAUCUAUCAGCGGGUGCCGAAUUUUAUUAUUCGUGAUCCUCAGGUCUCAAAAAAGAUUGACGAUCACGGCUGGGAAAGUCAUGGACCUGUCACUCGAAGGUUUCACUUCCGUCAUGAAAGUUUCGGCGUCGUAUAUUUCAGUGCUGCAUGCGAUGAACUGA